AUGCCUCCCUCCCGCCACCGCCUUAGUGUUGAGGCGCGCGCCGCCCGCUCAGCGCGACAGGAAGACCGGGUCCAGCGUCGCCGCACCCCGCCCAACUUGGCGCGACACUUCCAGGCCUUUCGGGACGCCACGAACCGGCUCGACGACCUGCUCCUAAUCGUUGAGCGGCUGCUGCACAUCAUGGAGCUACACGGCCUGGCUCACCCGUACGAAACCCUGUGGGAAUACUACGAGGACGCGACGCACCUCGCCGAGCGCGCGCGCUGUCUCGGCUUUGCACGGCAUACUUGGAACAAGGCCGCAGUCGAGGGAUACAUCCAGUUGGUGGGUGUCGUGGGACAGGCACAGGCGUUCGAGAACCGUAGUUGGGCAUGGCAUGGGACGAGCGCGGCCGAGAUUUGGGCAUGUAUUGCCGACGCGGCGAUAGUUGUCAUUCAGACGAUUCGGCGGGCCGCAACCGCCGCAGUGAGGGCGAGGGAGAUUGCUAGCUAG